AUGAACGACGAUAUCGAAAUGGACGAUGAGCAGGAGCAGGAGCAGGAACCCAUUGAAGAGCCCGACUACGAUGAUGCCGACGAAGAUGACCAGGAUGAUGACGACAUGGACGACGACGAUGCCAACGGCGAUGAUGAAGACGACGCGGACAAUGAUGAUGACGACGAGGAAGACGGCGACGACGACGAUGGUGCUUCUGUUUCUGCUUCUCGCAACGACAACUCCCGUCGCUCCGUCACCGUAGACGAAUCUCUCUCAUCGGCCACGUACUUCCGCAAAGUUCAAGAACGGCGCAAGCUCUUCCGACCCCCACCAUCAUACACCUCUACCUCCUUGGGCUACCACAUUGAACCAAUGGCUGCCGCACCACACUCGGCCCAAAUCCACGCCAUGUCCCUCUCCCUUGACGGGCAAACGCUUCUAACCGGCGGCUCAGACGGCUAUGUCCGAAAGUACGACGUUCACGCAACCAUGAAUGGCAAGACGAUGCUCACGCAGAACGUUCGCCAUGGCUUCGUAGAGGGCAUCACCCGCGGCGGAAGCCUCACAGCUUUCUGGGGCAACGAAGAAUGGCUUCCUACCUCUGCUCCGCCCGAUCAACCACCACAUGGACCUGAAAAGGACAGAUUAUUGGGAGUAGUACACAGUCUAGCCAUCCAACAAGACUCGCUGUGGGGUCUGAGUGGGUCGGAAUCAGGCAACAUUCAUCUCUAUGGCCUUCGACACGAACCCGGUAUCACACGGCAUGUCUUUAGGAAGCACAAAGGUGCCGUUUCUGCAUUGACAUUAACGCCGGAUGAAGUGACAAUGAUCUCAGGAGGUUGGGAUAGAGGAGUGCACCAGUGGGACUUGAAUACAGGGCAGGUAGUAAGGUCUUUUGAAGGAUUCGCAGGACAGAUAUCCAGUUUGGCAUUUAGACCGUAUAGUGCGCAAGAGGAAAGGAGAGCGGAUGGCGAGUUGAACAUUUCCAUACAUCCUUCUGCCGUUGCGAAUGGUGCGAAGGAGGAGGAGAAGGGAGCAGAGGUAUCGGAGGAUGCAGAGGAUAGGGCGCCGAACGAGAACGGGGAUGCCACGAUGGCUGAUGAAGACGCGGGUGCGGAUGCGAAGUCAGAUAACGGCGACGCGAAGAAGGGCGAAGAAGAUGCAUCUCACCCGUCCAAAGAAGCGAUAUCGACGAGUCGCACAGGGGUGCCAAAGUCCGAUCCCGGCAAAGCUACCGCAGAUGCAAAAGCUGAUGAAUUAAAUCAAGACCAGCUAGCCAGCGGACCUAUCUCCUCCAACAAAGCACAGACAGACGCCAAAGCUGAUACAAGCACAAAUGCCACCGCCGAAGAUGCAGCUGCGGCAUCCGAACCGAACGGCAAACCUGCGUCUACCAUUGACAGCAAAGACGCCGAUCCAACGACGCCAGCUGCCAAAGAAGCAUCGCCACCAUCAGCCACCACAAAGAAUGAACCCACCGAAGCAGUAGCACCGUCCACAGGAGCAGGCGGCGACGAUCCCACAGAAGAAGAGCUAGCCUUCGAAGCCGAGCUCAACGCAUCCCUCGGCAUGUCACUCGAUGGCACCGCUGGAGCGACCAAAGCAGACGGAACACGACCAGACACAUUCGCGCUCUCCGCAAGCGGCGCUACAGCUGGAGGAUUGAUGGUUGCUGGUGCUGAUGAGGGUGGCGACGAUGAUGAUCUGUUCGAUAGUGACAUCCCGCCUGCUUCUUCAACUGCGGGUAAAGACACCAAAGAGAAGGAAACGAAGCCACAGAGCAAUGGCAACAGUGGUGGCGGCAAUGAAAGCGACGGUGACGAUUCGCUGUUUGGUGACGGAGAUGAAGAUGCCGAUGGUUACGCAGAUGCGGAUGCGGAGAUAGAUGCCGAAGCUGAUGCCGACGCUGAUGGCGAUGCCGAUGGCGACGCGGAAGGUGAGGAUGACGAUGAGGAUGGAUCGAGCGAUGAAGAUAUGCCUCUAGCUGGUCGGUCUAUGGCGAAGAAUUCUUCCAGUCAGAGCAACAUGCUCGCCAGCACAACUGCUUCUCCCUCCCUCUCCAUCGCCCUCCCCUCCUCCACCCCAGCUAACGCGGCAAAGGACACCAAAGCAACCACGCCCGGCACACCUCCCCCUCCACCAGCAGCAGCAGCGGCGGCGGCGGCGGCGGCAAAACAAGAGAAAGCCCUGCCUAAACCAGCAUUCGGAGGCUUCUCGAUCGCAUCUUGCUACUCUGCACCCCUUUCCACCUUCAGUCGAGACGUCAUGCUCUCCACCUCACUAUCGGGCCAAGUGAUUCUUUGGGAUCUACGAUGUCCUAACUACACUCGCUCGUCACCUAAUACCCCAGCAAAAGGCGUCCAUUCUUUACCGCUACCAGCAAAGAUCCCGCCAUGGUGUCAGAGCGCAGUCUUGGACUCGACAGGCAACAAAGUUUUCGUUGGGCGAAGGAAUGAAUCUGUUGACGAGUGGGAUUUGCGGUUUACACCUACCUCUACAGCCAGUACAGGCUCGACGUCGAGGUUUGUAAGAUCGCUGAGGUUGCCAUCAGGGUCAGGCCCGGUGUAUUCGCUUGCUGCGAUGCCCAAUGGGAGGCAUAUCGUUUGCGGGAGCUAUGAUAACAUCAGAUUGUGGGAUACAGAGUUCCUGCCCGGUCCGGGAGUUGGAGGAGAGGCCAAAGUGCCAUUCAAGAUCGUCGCGGGACACCAUGGUGCAAGUUUGAGUAGUGUCUUAGUUGACAGCAGCUCUAGAUUCUUGAUAUCCGCUUCCGGAGAUAGAGGAUGGAUGGGAUCGAGCACCGAGGCGGUGAUUAUUCAUGACAUCAAAGCGCUCACUUAG